GGGGCGGGCAGCGUCCGAAGUUGCUAUUCCAGAAGCUGGAUGAUUGACAUUUGGCACAUACUGCAGCAGGACUGCGAGAAGCUGCUCUACAAAUAUAUUGGAGUAGUAAACUGCGUAAUAGAAAUGGGCAGCAAGGUGAACUUUCCUCUUGUUUAAAUCCUCUUCUGCCCCAAAAUUAAAGCAACGUGGUGUCUUCCAUCUUUAUAUGAGUAAAGCAUUUUUCAAUGGAAGUAGGAAAUGAAACCGCAAAGGACAGGAUACCUAGAAUUGACGCCUAUGGAUUUGAAAGGCCAGAAGGAUUUGAUUAUGCAUCCUAUGAAGAGUUCUUUUCCAGAUACCUGAUGGUACUUACUAGUAGAGCCAUGAAGUGGUCAAAGCUCUUGAAGAAUACCACAGCUGUAGAGAAAAGUAUGAAAGUGAAGAGGUACAUCAGGAAAGGAAUUCCCAAUGAACACCGCUCACUUGUAUGGAUGAUAGUCAGUGGAGCACAGUCUCAGUUGGACUUAAAUCCUGGACAUUAUUCUCGUGUAUUAAAAGAGGGAGAAAAGAACGUGAAGUUGGUAGAAGCCGUUUUGACAGAUUUAAAUAGAACUUUCCCAGACAACGUGCAAUUUCGGAAAAAUGCUGUACCAUCACUACAGAGUAACUUGUACAACAUCUUGGUGGCUUAUGGCCACCACAAUAAAAGCGUGGGUUAUUGCCAGGGAAUGAAUUUUAUCACUGGAUACCUGAUUCUUGUUACAAAAGAUGAAGAAAAAUCCUUUUGGUUGUUAGAUGCUCUUAUUGGACACAUUUUGCCUGAUUACUACAGCCCAGCAAUGACCGGCCUGAAAACUGAUCAGGAAGUGCUGGGUGAUCUGGUGAAGAUGAAGAUUCCAGCAGUAGCAGAACUCAUAGAGAGACAUGAUAUGAUGUGGACCUUGCUGGUUUCCCGUUGGUUUAUUUGCUUGUACAUUGACAUCCUUCCUGUAGAGACAGUAUUGCGGAUAUGGGACUCUCUAUUCUACGAGGGAUCCAAAAUCAUUUUUCGUGUGGCCUUAACACUUAUUAAGCAGCAUCAAGCUUUCAUAUUGGAAGCAAGAAAUUUUCCAGAUAUUUGUGAUAAGUUUAAAGAAAUCACAAGAGGGAAAUUUGUUACAGACUGUCACUUCUUAAUGCAGAAGAUAUUUGUUGAACCUGGAAGUUUAUCAAGGACUACAAUUAACAAACUCCGAGAGAAACACAGAGCAGCAUUACUCACUCAGGAAUAAAACAAGACUGUCCACAAGUAGAAAUAUGACUGACACAUUCCUUCAUUUUAAUGAUUGCACUGAUAUAAUUCCGUCACUGCGAGAGGCAACUACACAGUGUUGCAGUCCUGGUAGUGAGAUGUUAGAACACUGACUGUUAAUAUGACCAAGCUGCCUCACUUUUUUAAGUGCUUCAAUUACUUUUUGUACUUUUGUUUCAAAUCAGUAGAUUUGAUCUGUAGAAUUUUGUAUACAUUCUAUAAUGUCUUAUAGUUUCUUUAAACAAAAGAAAAUCUAAUUAUGUACAUUGAUCAUAGUACAAAGAUCUGUAAAUCUGAAGUGUAAAAAAAUAUAUUUAUUUACAAAGUU